AUGGCGUCUUACUGCCAAAGACUAAGAGACCUGCUGUCACUCUACAAGAGUAAUCCCAAAAUCACUAAUUCUUUUCUCUCCAACUUUUCUUGGACUCGCAGGUUGUCUUCAUCCAAUUUCCCAUCUCAGUUCGAAAGGAUUGGAUUCGUUGGACUGGGAAACAUGGGAUCACGGAUGUGUAAUAAUUUGAUCCAGGCAGGAUACAAUGUCGCUGUCCAUGACGUCAACCAGGAUGUCAUGAAGAUGUUCUCUGAGAAAGGAAUUCUCACGAAAGAGUCACCUGUUGAAGUUGCCAAAGCAAGUGAUGUUGUAAUAACGAUGUUGCCGUCAUCAUCCCAUGUAAUUGAUGUUUACACUGGACCAAAUGGUUUGCUACAUGGUGGAGAUCAACUUAGACCGUGGUUGUUUGUUGAUUCUUCUACCAUUGAUCCUCAAACGUCAAGAAAGAUUUCUGUGGCCAUUUCUGAUUGUAUUUUAAAGGGAAAAGAAGAUGGCUGGGAGACUCCUGCCAUGUUGGAUGCCCCUGUAUCUGGAGGUGUUCUUGCUGCAGAGACUGGAUCGCUUACUUUCAUGGUUGGUGGCUCAGAGAAAGCUUAUACGGCUGCAAAGCCUUUGUUCCUUUCAAUGGGCAAAAACACCAUUUAUUGUGGAGGAGCAGGAACUGGUUCGACAGCAAAGAUUUGCAACAAUUUGGCAAUGGCUGUCAGUAUGCUUGGGGUGUCAGAAGCCUAUGCACUUGGUCAGUCUUUGGGAAUCGCUGCAAGUACUUUAACAAAGAUAUUUAACUCUUCAAGUGCUCGCUGUUGGAGUAGCGAUUCUUAUAAUCCAGUGCCUGGAGUGAUGGAUGGAGUACCAGCUUCAAGGAAUUAUGAUGGUGGGUUUGCUUCCAAGCUAAUGGCUAAAGAUCUAAACCUUGCGGCUGCAUCAGCCAAAGAAGUCUGUCUCAAAUUUCCUUUAGCGUCUGUAGCAGAAGAGAUAUUCACAGAGCUCAACGAUGCAGGUUAUGGAACAAAGGACUUCUCUUGUGUUUUCCGGCAUUACUACUCCGGCAAGGAUGAGCUGUAA